CAUUCCAUGCUCUUCCCACCCUUUCUUCGGUACGUUACUGGAUACUGAUGAUGAUGUUACGCUGCUUUAAUCUUUGGAUAUCUUGCGCACCAGUGAACAUAUUUCAUUUGUUUGCACUUAUUAGCACCUUUUGAUGUUAAUCAAUUAUGAUACAGCCAUAGCCUGUGAAUACAGCUACUUGCUUUUAAAAAUGCAAUAGUUAACUCGAGACUUUUAAUCAAAUUACUCUUAAAACAAAACAUAUAGAUUAAUAUCAAAAGCGCUCGACUGCCUUCUGUAUGUUCUAUAGAUUUAAAGAAAAAAUCAAAUUAUAGCCUAAUUUAGUCAACCUUUAAAAUCUAUAUUUAUUUCUAGAUUAAGAUCUUGAAUAGAAAUAUAAUUAGUAUAUUAGACUAUUAGUAUAUACUAGUCUAUAGUAUAUCUAGAAUCUAGAUAGUAGGCCUAUCAUAUUAAGAUACACUGUGACUAUACCAUAGGCCUAUAUAUUAUAGUAUUUACUAGGAUUAGAUGUAGAUUUUGUGAAGAUAUCCAGAGUAGGGCCUUAAAUUUGGACUUAACUUCAAAAUGACAUUGUUGAAGUUUUGAUGAUUGAGGGAUUAAAUUGACGUUUCACCAAUGACCCACCUACCUGGAGCAGGAAAACGUUAUAUCACAGAGGAUUUCGUGGUCCAUUUGCCCACUAUGACCGAGAUCCCAAAUCCCAAUUUACCCAUUAGACACAUGAAAAGAAGAGCCAAACCUUUCGAUCCUUUGACUGGCCUGAAAUUACCGCCAUCUCAAACAACAACAGAAGACUGGACUUAUGUGCCCCGUCCGAGAUAUCCACACUUCUCUCUUGAAUCCUGCCCAAUGAGACGCUACUGCAUGGGAAUCGCAUACAAUGUACCGAAAUCACUAGCGAGAAAUAUCUGCUCCCCAGAGGAUCCAGAUCCGAGAGUUUUACCGUAUGGUCUCCCACGGGAAACAUUCGACGUCAGACGAAGAGCGAACUGGUUCGAUUACUGGAAAGAAGAUCACUGUCAGUACGCUGGUGCUUAUCAAAACUGGGAGAACACAUUUGGCGCGAAGUAUUUUUACACGGAUCCACUUUGUUGAAUCUUAUCGUGUGCCACAAACGUUCAGAUGAAAACUAUGCAACUUUGAACUAUUGUAUUGAGAGCUUGCACUCAAAGCAGGUGAAACAUUGAAACACAGAUUAAACUCCCGUGGUCGUAGCACA